GCACACUAAAUAGCACAUGUAAUAUUUUACAUAAGCCAAAUUAACAGCAGCUACCACUUUCCUUUCCUUUUCCAAGUGAGCAGAAGAGUGGCGUUCAGGUCCCACGGCGUGAAUACAGCAAAUAAAAAGUUGUUGUUAAAAGUAACUCAUAAGCUGUGUGUGUUUCAAAGUUAACAGAAUAAAAAAAAAAUGGAGGUGCAGCAAUGGUGGAGGCUCAGAUUAUCCUUCAGAAAUGCAACCAUGGUCGUGUGUUUCCUCAAUAUGAUCACUGCAAUCUUCUUGCUUCAUGCUUUUCUCACCUCUGCCUACACCCGCAACAAAUCUUCCAACGCUACCUCGAACUCAGCUCAACGCAGUUACAUUAUGGAAUCUGAAGCAAUUCGUCUUGCCUUGAUACCAGUGGAGCUGAUAAAAAGAGUGAGGGAGAUUGAGCAGGAAGCAUACACUGAACCAGAAGCAGCCCAGAAGAAAGACACAAAGCAGACUGCUGCAGUUGAUCUAUCUAAAAGGUUAAAGGAUUUCCGUUCCUUGAAUGAUGCUACCAGCUUGAAAGCUUUGGAGGAAUGGCGAAAGAGGAAGAUGGAGAGGGCCAGACAAAGAGAAUUGGAGAAAAAUGGAACAACUUCCUCUCAAGCUUGACUUUAUAUAUUCUCUGAUAUCAAGUGAAAGUUAACAUGCUGAUUUAGUAGUUAUUAGUGUACACUGUAUAGGAUCUUUAAAUUUCAAGAGUUAUCUUGUGUUAUAAAGGCAUCUUUCUUACAGAAAGAAUUCGUGAUUGAGAGAUUGAUCCCAUUACUAUUCUGUUACUUUUGUUUUCUUUAUUUAAAAGAAAAAAUAAAAAUAAACCGUAUAUGUUGAUCUUGUUUGA